GCCUGACCUACUGUGCAUCCUAUCACGCGUACCUAUCCUUCGAAUUUUACACCAUGCACGGCAACGACAAUCAUGAGCGUUUAAGUCACGGCAGAAUGCUGGACCUCCACAAUACCACUGCUCCACGGAGUCGUACAUCGCAGCACCGUACAAUACCGGCGUGAUUGUCAUGUCCACGACAUCAACAGGACACAACACCGCUAGGACAGUCGAAACGCCGCCCCACCGCAGCGCCAUGCCACCGCGCAGCCGCCAGCCUGAUCAAUGGCUUGUCAAGGAUGCUCUCAUGUCCGAAAAUGGGACCUGUUGCCGUGCGGCACAGUUCUUGUGCUGGGUGCCAACUAUUAAGGCUGGGAUCUCGCGCAUACGAGCACGCAGGUAGCGCUUCUGUGCCUCGUAUAUCGAUUGUUCGUUAGUGAAUCAUCAAUGAGCAUCUAGAAUCACCAUGAGCAACGGUAUCUGUACGGACUGUAACGGCACCGCAAGCGCUUCAUCUUCACACUUAGUGGGCUGGACUCUGGAGUCUUCAGGAAGGGGUACCUUAAGCCUGAUCCUAACGUGUGCAACAACCACUGCUUUAUGCACGUGGGUAGUCAUACACCCUCGUAUUGACAAGAGACGCAAGUUCCGGCAUCUUCACAAGGUCGCACUCUUCCUCAAAACUUUCAUCGCUCCAGAGUUCAUAGCGGUAGAAGCUGCCCAAGAAUGGAACCAAGCCCGACACAUCAUUCAAGAAAGUUCAGCACACACUAAUGGUGAACUCAGACUUGUCGAAGCCUUUUACAUCGGCAUGUUUGGCAUUCGAUAUCGUACGUCUCUUGGAACUAAGAUCCUGUGGCCAAAUCAGUGGAUCUGGCUGUUGCAGAAUGGUCUUUUUAACUGGAAGACACGCGAUGACUGGGGACUUGACAGGGAGAGCAUCCGUGACAAGAACAAUGCGGAUGCGACAGCCAAGCUGUUUGCUGUGCUUCAAACUGUGUGGUUCGUCGCACAGUCUAUCAUGAGAGCGGCGCACAACCUGCCUCUAGCACCGCUCGAGGCGAUGACACUGGGCUACAUCCCACUCUUCGUGGUGGCUUACGCUUAUUGGUGGCUUAAACCGAAGGACAUUGAGACCCCAUCUGUUGUUGACCUGCCAGCCAUGCCCGAUACGGUGAGGAAGGACUUCGAGGCGAUGGAGCUGACUAGCUCAUUCGACAAUGAAGGCAAACCGGAACAGUCUUCUCUGUGGCAGGUUUGGGCUUUGAUGCCCAGGAUGUUCGAGAAGGAAGCUCUGGACCUGGAGUACCACCGAGCUGAGCAGGAGUUCGAGAAGCGGAGUAUGCUUUACAACAGUCAUUUCUUGAUCUGCCAAAGGAGGGGGUGCAAAGAAUGCAAGCGUUUGAGACCGAGUACUGUGAGACGGCGACAUGAAAUGCUUUUAGCAAACUGGGAUCCGACGCUGUAUCAUUCGAAGCUGUGGCCGAUAAUCUGCUUGGUUGGAGUAUCGUUUCCAGCACUACAUCUGAUAGCGUGGGAUACAGUGUUCCCAACCAGAGUCGAAGCUUGGCUGUGGCGGGCAGCUGCGAUGACGUCCAUUGGGUCCAUGUUGGUGUUCAUGCAGUUCGAGAAGGUGAUCGUCCGCUGGAGCGACCCACUUAUGGCCAUCAAGAUUCUGUCGCCUGCGCUCUACCUCGUCAGUCGGUUUAUCAUGCUGGGAGGUGCCAUAGCAGCCUUCCGAGCCUCUGACCCAAGGACCUACGACACUUAUGUAGUGUCGACUUACUGGGUACAUCUCUUGUAACCCGGCCCGCACCAGGUGCGCCUGAUGCGUCAUCCCUGUCAAAUUCUGUGCCGCAAGCGGUAC